UUUUAUAUCAGACACUUUGAAGAGUGUUGUUUCACUUAGUUGUCCAUGAGAAUAUUAUAGGCAAGGAGAAUAAAUCUCUAUUUUAGAAAUUGAGGAAACUGAGUUUCAGAGAAACAAAGUAACCUGCCCAUGGUUUCACAGCCAGUACGUGGCAGCUCUUCUGAUAGCAAGUCCAAGGUUCUUUUCCACACUACCUCCUUAAGAUUAGGCGCCAGAAGGAAUCUCAGGAUGAAAAUAUACUGAGUUAUACCAGUAACUGGGAGGGCUUGAUUGUUUGUUUUAUGGGAACAGGUUCUGUCAGCUUCUCUAUAGUUGUUAAGGUUAGUGUGAGACCAGCAGAGCAGCUUUGAAAGAAGCAGAAUUCUUUCACAGUUUUGUUGAGGAGGAAGUCUGAGGGAACAGACCUGAUAAUGUGAGAGAAACCCAGGCAUCUACCUGGAUGAGAGGAGUUUGCAGACAAAGGACAGAAGAAGAGAGACCAGAUUCCCAAAAGGGUUCCUAAGGUAACACUGGCAGCUUUGGUUAUCCAGCAGCCUGUUGGUGACUGUAGGUGAAGAGAUUGUUUUCUGAAGGCUGCGUUGAAGGCUGUGACAGAGAGAGAGCCCGUGUGGAGCUGAUGGGGAGGCUUUCUGAAUAACAUGGCCCUUCGCCAUUAGCCUUGCCAUGACCACAUUUUUCACCAGCGUUCCCCCCUGGAUUCAAGAUGCAAAGCAGGAGGAGGAAGUGGGCUGGAAACUAGUUCCCAGGCCUCGGGGCCGGGAGGCGGAGAGUCAAGUGAAAUGCCAAUGUGAAAUCUCGGGGACACCCUUCUCAAAUGGGGAGAAGCUGAGACCUCACAGCCUCCCCCAUCCAGAGCAGAGACCGUAUAGCUGCCCUCAGCUGCACUGUGGCAAGGCUUUUGCCUCCAAGUACAAGCUGUAUAGGCACAUGGCCACCCACUCAGCCCAGAAACCCCACCAGUGCAUGUACUGUGAUAAGAUGUUUCACCGCAAGGACCAUCUGCGGAACCACUUGCAGACCCACGACCCCAACAAAGAGGCCCUCCACUGUUCCGAGUGUGGUAAGAAUUAUAAUACAAAGCUAGGCUACCGGCGCCACCUGGCCAUGCAUGCUGCCAGCAGCGGUGACCUCAGCUGCAAGGUGUGUCUGCAGACCUUUGAGAGUACCCAGGCCCUGCUAGAGCACCUAAAGGCCCACUCACGCCGGGUAGCAGGCGGUGCCAAGGAGAAGAAGCACCCCUGUGACCAUUGCGACCGGCGGUUCUAUACUCGUAAGGAUGUGCGGCGGCACUUGGUGGUGCACACAGGCCGAAAGGACUUCCUGUGCCAGUACUGUGCCCAGCGAUUUGGCCGCAAGGACCACUUGACGCGUCAUGUCAAGAAGAGCCACUCGCAGGAGCUGCUCAAGAUCAAGACAGAGCCAGUGGACAUGUUAGGCCUACUCAGCUGCAGCUCCACAGUCAGCGUGAAGGAAGAGCUGAGCCCUGUGCUGUGCAUGGCCUCUCGGGACGUGAUGGGGGCCAAGGCCUUCCCUGGCAUGUUGCCCAUGGGCAUGUAUGGUGCCCACAUCCCUACCAUGCCCAGCGCGGGCGUGCCACACUCCCUGGUGCACAACACGCUGCCCAUGGGUAUGAGCUACCCUCUGGAAUCCUCACCUAUCUCUUCCCCACCUCAGCUUCCUCCAAAAUACCAGCUUGGAUCUACCUCAUACUUGCCUGACAAAUUGCCCAAAGUGGAGGUGGAUAGUUUUCUGGCGGAGCUUCCUGGAAGUUUGUCUCUCUCAUCCGCUGAACCCCAGCCCGCCUCACCUCAGCCGGCGGCAGCUGCGGCCCUCCUAGAUGAAGCACUGCUCACCAAGAGCCCCGCCAACCUCUCUGAGGCCCUCUGCGCUGCUAAUGUGGACUUCUCCCACUUACUGGGCUUUCUUCCACUCAACCUGCCCCCGUGUAACCCGCCCGGGGCCACAGGAGGCCUGGUCAUGGGCUACUCCCAGGCCGAGGCACAGCCCUUGCUCACCACUUUGCAAGCUCAGCCUCAAGAUUCCCCGGGACCUGGGGGACCGCUGAACUUCGGGCCUCUGCACUCCUUGCCUCCUGUCUUCACCUCUGGCCUGAGCACCACCACCCUGCCUCGUUUCCACCAGGCAUUCCAGUAGUCCCCAAGGAGGCCCUCAGCUCAGUCUUGGGCUCUGUCAGGGAGCCUCAGUACCUACCCCAUCUGCAUCCCCCAUGAAGGCAGCUGAGCUUUCAGAGCUGGGUUCAAAAAGAAAAAAUUCCAGUAUCUGUUUGGAGCACUUGGUUUGGGGGCUCAGGCUCCAGGAUCAGUUCCAGGAGGAGCCUUGAGCCCCAACCCCAUGAAAAGAUCUCAUACCAUAGGACUUCAGGUAUUUUUACUUUUAUUUUUUAAAUCUGAAUCGGGAGCCACACUUAGCCCUCUCCAUCUCCAAAGCAUCAGCACCUCCUUUUCUUCGGAGAAGGGAGAGGUCUCUUGGAGACCCGGAGGGUUUCACUUUGGAUGACCUCAAGAGAAAUAGCCCAAGAAGCCUGCCUUCUGGUCCCAACCUGCAGACCCCACAGCAGUUGGUCAGACUUCCGGAGAGGGUCACUUGGCUCCAUCUCCUGCUUCCAACCAAUGGGCAAGAAAAAGAGCCUCUGUUCUUCCCCACUAUCCCCCAUCCCUCCUGUACCAACACCUCCAUUUUCAGUCAGUGUUGUCCAGCAACGGUACCGUUUACACAGUCGCCUCAGACACAUCAUUUCACUUCCCUUGCCAAGCUGUUAGCCUUAGAAUGAUUGCAGUGAACAUUGUUUACACACCAUGAAUCCAUUCCCACCAGUCCAUUCCAGUUGGCACCAGCCGGAACCAUUUGGUACCUGGUGUUUACUGGAGCCCUGUUUACAAGGCGGAGUCGGAUCUCGCUGACUUCUCUUCACUUGAGGUCACAUUUUUCCCCUGUGGGGAAAUAAACUGACUUUGGACUGCUUCAGUCUCUGCCAUCUUCCAUGACUGUGUCUGUUCUGCCUUCCUCAGCAGCGUCCACAGAAGGCAGGGAAGAAGAUUGGAGCAGUUUUCUCACAGAUCUGCAAUUCUGUUUUUCUCCAAGUACAUCAUGGCCCCCUCAUCCUCCUUUUGAACUGGAGAGGGGAAGAAAUGAAAGGCAUGCCCACUUCCAUCACCUCCCUAUUCCCUAUCCCCUACCCUGAACAUCAUGAGCUGUUAUCAUUAGUCUUGGAAGGAGGGACUUUAGUUCUAGGCUGGUGUGGAUAGCAAAGGAGAGGGUGUGAACCCGUCAUUUGUCUUUCUCCUACCUGUUCCUUUUCCAGGAAAUUGUGGAAUUGUUGGAAGAAGAGUUUUCAGAAAGUUAGGACUGGGUGGACAGUUGAGUCCUGAUCUGUGGGUACAUCGUUGCCUCCCAUACCAAACUUUUUUCUUAUCCAGUGUCCCUCCUCUCUCCACUUUGCAGUCCCCACGGACUCAGGGACACUGUGCAUAGGCUUCUCUGCCCUCCAUCAAAAGACUUCCACCUUCCUUUUGUGGCCCCCCUCAGUUUUGCCCCCGGCACUCAGCAGCAAGGUUUCUUGCAACAAAUGAUUAGUUCUUUUCUGACUUGUGGGGCUCCCUGCCACAGACAGCAACAGGCCUUGCCCGGCUGAACUCCAUCUCUUUCAUCUCAGUUCUGCAUAGGCUUCGCUCUUCCCACUUGUGGAAGGGAGGCAGCUCAGGGACCACUAAUGUGGGACCCUCUUGAGACACUUCCACUCUGAUUCAGAAACACACUUCUACCUCUUUACUGUUAACUCCUACAGAUGCAGCCAGCAGUUUCUGGGCACUUCUCUCAGCGGGUGCCUCAUGCUGGCUUCUCCACUAGGGUUUCAGGACAAACUACCAAGGAACUGCCUCAGCCUCCUCCCAGUCUUCCCCCUCUCCCCCUUCUCUCUAGAAAUCACUUUGAUUUAUCAUCAGGAACUGAGCAUGUUCAAGACCCAGGCUUCUGCUUCAGCCCAGGCCAGUACUCUUUGUUUGAGGUGAAAGCCUUAAAAUGUAGCUCCCUGGCCCUUGAUUGGAAGUAAUGUCAAGUAAAUAAGCAUGUUUUGAUUUAAGUAGGGUAGCUUGGGAUACCUUUAAGAAGACAAAACAAAACCAGAUAUAAAAAUGUCUGGCAAGGUUAGAAUCAGACUAGGUGAUUUGCUUCUAAAAAUUAGUUUCAGUGAGUCCCAGGGACUAAUUAAGGUUUAUUUUUAAAAGCGUCCACUUUGGUACGCAGCCACCUCCUGCAUGCUGUGCAUGUUAUUGGGACUCGUAUUACAGGGAAUGGUAUGUGAGGAUCUAAGCAGGACUCAGUGCUGCCAUUCUCCUUGUCUCUGGUCUUCGUCACUAGACCCAGCAACCCUUCACCACUCCCUGCCACCUUCCCUGCACCCUUAGUUUACAGAGGUAAAUGGGCCUCUGGCCACAGAAUAUAAAGUGUCGGGCUGUUAGAGGAGUCCCCUCCUCUCUGCUCUUUCCUGUCCCUUCCUUGAAUUCUACCCCCCAUUAGUGAUGCUGGGAAACUCAUAGGACAGGCAAAGCAACUAUUUAAAACCUUGUAACUGGGGCCUUGCCCCUCCUUCCCUCCCCUUCUUCCUUCCAUCCUGCCCCUCCUUUCCUCUUCCUUCAAUGCCCUCAACACCCAUAAAGAAUUUCCCUGUCACUGUGAACUUUGCUGGUGCAGAGGAACAUCUGCCUUUACCUUUUUUUGGACCAUAGCCACCCAGCUGUUUCUUAAACCUCUCUUCCCAAAAUUUAAAAAAAAAAAAAAAAAAAAAAGCCUUAUUGGCCUGGUUGUUCAAAGGA